GCGGCAGCGCGGCAAGCGUAGGCCGCGUAGCACGCUCCUCACCCGCACCGUUCUUCUCUCCGCAGCAGCAGUAGCCGCCGCCCGCCGCUUUCUCGUCAAACUCAGAGCGCUGGACGCCAUGCCGCCGCCUUGUUCUUCGCCUCCUUCCCGUCCGCUCGCCAACCUCACCCUCUACUCCAGGCGAACCGUCGCAGCCGCCACCGCGGCCGCAGCCUCCUCGCCCUCGCUGGCAGGAGGGCACGGCCGCCGCCCCCUGCGCUACGCCGUCCUCGGCGCCGGCUUCGCGGGGCUCUCCGUCGCGUGGCACCUCCUCAAGCAUAGCCCCAAGGAUUCCCGCGUGUGCGUCGACAUCUACGACGACAACGGGGUCGGAGGAGGCGCGUCGGGCGUCUCGGGAGGGCUUCUCCAUCCCUACUCACCUAAAGUGAAGCUUCUCUGGAGGGGUGCUGAGUUCUGGAAAGAGUCCAUGGAUCUCCUGCGUAGCGCAGAGCUAGCAAAUGGAUCCACUGGAUCAGAUACAACCAGUCAAGAUGAGACCCUUAUCUGGAGAAGGGGGAUUCUGCGGGCACCGACAACCGAGAAGGCUGCUGACAUAUUGCUGGAGAAUGCUCAGAGUUGCCUCCAGAGUUGCAGCCUUCAAGUGCUUGAUUCCGAUGCUGCACAGCGUCUGAUUCCUGGGUUGUGUGUUCCGUUUGACUUUGCAGUUUAUAUGCCUCUAGCAAUGAACAUCAACCCAAAGAAAUACUUACAGGCACUGUUCUUUGCAUGCCAAAAUCUGGCAGGUGAAGCAUCCAUAUCACCAAGUGCACAGAAAGAGUUCAAUCUGUACAAGGACCAUAUUGAUAAUUUACGGCAAUUAGCAGGAAAUUAUGAUUCAGUGAUCAUCUGUCUUGGGGCCAAUGCUAGGUCACUUCCGGAACUCGCAAAUAAGCUGCCUCUUAGAACCUGUAGAGGAGUUAUUGCUGAAUUCGAGUUGCCAUCAGAUACAGUUGAUGAAGACGAAUAUGGCACUCAAAGCCCUUCAAUUUUAUCUGAUGCAUGGCUGGCAUUCCAAGGUCCCCGUAGUGUUUCUAUUGGGUCAACUUGGCAAUGGAAGGAUGAGAACUAUGCUUCAACUGUAUCUGAUGAAGAAGCUCUUACUGCAAUGGAAGAGUUGCUCCCAAAAGCUUUUGCCGUUUAUCCAGUAAUAAGUAAAUGGGAUUUCAUACGCGCAAGGGCUGGGAUACGAGCCAUGCCUCCACUGACGACUAAUGGAUCAUUGCCACUUUUGGGUUGUUUGAAUGAUAUGAUAGGCGAGAGGAGCAACUGUUCUUUUUGGUUAGCUGGUGGGCUUGGUGCCAGGGGUCUUCUGUAUCAUGGUUUGGUUGGAAAGCUGACUGCCAAAGCUGUAAUUUCCUGUGACGAAAACGUAAUACCUUCUGAGUUCACGUGCUGGAAGGUGAAGGCUUCACCAUGAAUACCAUUUUGUGGCUCAAACUUCAAGCAUGUUGUGCUUCAUCUGGGAUAUUCAUCUGAGUGACUGAGGGAGAUCUUUGAAAAAUGGUGGAUGAGUUUCAGUCGAAGGAGAAUUGUGCAAAUCGCAGGGUUCUAUCCUAUCUGGUUUCCCGCUCUCCUACAUGAAGGGCUACUGCAUUUUGAAAUCUGAAGCCAUUUUGUCAAUUAACGUACACACAACAGACACUAGAGUGAGCACGGGUGUUCUAAGAUAUCCGAGUGUGGUGUUCUAAGAAGUAUUUCAGGCCUUGUAUGUUUUCGAACAUUAACAAACAUGUGAGUACUGAAGCAUUGACUUUCAUCGGAACACCACACUUAGAGUGCAUCAGAGGUCCGCUGGCAUAUUUGCCUACAGUUUUGGAUUACCCUUGAAUUGCGUCGUGUUUCUUUUCCUAAUUUUGUCUUGUAUUUUCUUACUGUUAGCUGAAUCAUCUCUUUUGUAAACCUCUUAAAGGUUAUGAGUUUUGCAUGCAUAGAAUAUUUAGAUGAAUAAAGCAUUUUAUUA